AUGCUAAGAUCACUUUUUGGUGCAAGACUUGGGCUCACGGCCCGUGGUAUCAUUGGAAAACCUCAGCCUGUGACCACCUAUUUUUCUUCCAUCCGUUCAAAUAUAUCAUUGAAUGCUUCAAACACCCCAAGCAUGCUUAAUCAAAAAAGAUAUGCCACAUUGAAUCAAAUCAAGAGCGGAAAGCAUGUUAAGCCAGUGAAACCAUAUGUUUCUAAAGCUCCGCAUUUAGAAACAAAUCCUUUCAAGAAGGGUGUUGUUUUGAGAGUCAUGAUUGUUAAGCCAAAGAAGCCCAACUCUGCUCAAAGAAAGUGUUGCAGAGUGAGAUUGACUAACGGCAAUGUCGUUUCAUGUUUGAUUCCAGGUGAAGGACAUAAUUUACAAGAGCAUCAUGUCGUUUUGGUGAGAGGCGGCAGAGUCCAAGAUUUACCGGGUGUGAAGUAUAGACUAGUUAGAGGCGCAUAUGAUUUGGCUGGAGUUGCCAACAGAUCUACGUCAAGAUCCAAAUACGGUGUGAAAAAGGCAAAGGAGUAA